AUGCCAGAUCUUUUCUUCGCCAGACGGCUAGGAACUCAGGUGCUUCCGGGAAGAAGGAAAAGGAGAAGGACAAGAAAAAGGGCAUCGAGAAGAAAGACACAAAAGAGAAAGAGGGAAAGCACAAGAAGAGCAAGAAAAAGAAGAAAACAAGCAGCUCUUCCAGCGAGUCGCAAGAUUCGACGGACGCCCAGUCCCAGGUGGACAGCCAGGAGCAGGACGACGCCAUGGGGAUCCUCGGGCUUGCCAAGAAGGAUCUGCAGCGCCCGGAGGGGGCGAGGAAGCUCGACGAGCUGA